GAUUAUGAGGAUUUCACUUGGUGUACGCCUCUUUCGGUCGAGACUCUGAAGUGUUCUCAUGCAGUUUCGACUGUAGCUCCAAAGCCAGCAGGAUUCCUCGACCACAGAGUUCAAUGCAACUUGAUAAAUAACUCCGUACACGUUCGCGCAAAAAAAGACGGCAGGCAAUUGCAGCAAUAAUGAAUUCUCUCCUCUCAUUUCUCUGCCUCUGUGGUGUUGCCUUCGCACAGGGGAAUGCGUCAUCGCCCACUGUUCGCUCGGACACUGGCAUCUUCCACGGCCGCUAUCUCGCAGAGUUUGACCAGGACGUCUACCUUGGCGUCAAGUACGCGCCCAAACCAGUACGUUUCGCUCCCGCCGAGCUCAUCAAGGCGACACCUACCCAGGACUUCAAUGUCACUUCGUAUGGUGUUGAUUGUAGGGGGUAUGGUUCAGACACAACCCUGCUGGUGAAGGAUGGGUGGACACAGAUGGGGGAGGACUGUCUCCAUCUGAACAUUGUGAAGCCGAGGACAAAGCAGAAUAAGAAGCUACCCGUGUUGUUAUGGAUAUAUGGAGGUGGAUGGCAGCAGGGCGCUACGAGCGAUCCACGAUACAAUAUGAGUUACAUCGUACAGCAAUCGGUACUCAACAAUAAGCCUGUCAUCGGAAUCUCCAUCAACUACCGCAUGGCCGCGUUCGGCUUCAUCGACAGCGAAGAAAUUGCCGAGACAGGGAACCAGAACCUAGGCUUGCGAGACCAACGCCUCGCAUUCAAGUGGGUGAACAAGUACAUCUCAUCCUUUGGCGGCGAUCCCGCCAAAGUGACUAUCUGGGGCGAGUCGGCGGGCGCAUACUCGGUCGGCGACCACAUCAACGCAUACAAUGGCGACAACGACGACUUGUUCCGAGCCGCCAUCAUGGAGAGCGGCGGCGCUGUCGGCGCGCCCCUCAACGGCACAGACUGGUACCAGCACAUGUACGACAACCUGACGGCGAGCGUAGGAUGUGACAACGCAACCAACACGCUCCAAUGUCUGCGCGACGUGCCCUAUGAAACCAUCGCCCCCUACGGCUACCAAGGUCUGGAGUGGUUCCACACCAUCGACGGGUCCUUCAUCCCGCGCUACGGCCAGCAAUCCCUCACAACGGGCCGCUUCGCAAAGAUCCCCAUCAUCCUCGGGACAAACACCGACGAGGGAUUCGGCGUUAAUGGCGUGAACACCGAUGCGGAUGCCAUCAACCAGCUCGUGCACUCGAAGCGCUGGAACGUCAACGAGGAGCAGGCGAAGGAGCUGCUGGCCUUGUAUCCGGAUGAUCCCGCUGUCGGUGAGCCAUAUGGCUGGGGCAAUCGUACCUGGCCGCAGAACGGUCUGCAGUAUAAACGCUACCAGUCCAUCGCCUCGGACCUAGCUAUGUUUGCCCCUCGACGGCUGAUGGCGCAGCAAAUGAGCAAGUAUGUCGAGAACGUGUAUUCGUACCGAUGGGAUGCGCCAAAGUUCAAUAGCACGCCGGCUACGAUUGGGGUUAAUCAUUUCUCAGAGAUCCCCUUCGUCUUUGGCAACACAGAGCAGCAGAUCACGCCUCUGGGUAAUAGCUCCGCUAACGUCGCUCUGUCGCAUCUCGUGAUGCGCAUGUGGACGUCUUUUGCCUACGACCUCGAUCCGAAUGACCACGGUGUUGCUGGAGUUCCUGUAUGGCCGCAGUACCGGGAGAAGGUGACGAACUUUGUGUUCCGCGCGGAUAAGAGUUAUGUGGAGAAGGAUGUGGAUAGGAAGGAGGGGGUGGCGUAUAUCAAUAGUUUGGUUCGUUGA